AUGUGUUUGGAAUUGAACAAGUACCAAAUAGAAGAGCAUAUGGUGGAUCCUUGUCAACAGUUUGAGAAGAGGAAACAUUGCUGGAUAAAACUCAAAUUUUCCAAUUCAAUUCAUCUGCGAAAAAAAAUCUAAAUUUCAGUAGCAAAGAAGAAUCCUUAGCAAACACUACUGACUGAUAUUAUUCCAUAACAAUAAGAUGAUAAUUAGAGUUAAAAUUCACAAAAAGUAAGAAAACCAAGAGCUCCUCGUAAACCAAAGGAAACAGUGAAAUCUGAAAUAGAAUCUCAGAAAGAUAAUAAUGAAAUCGGUGAAGAAAAUAUAAUAGAUCCUUUAAAUAAACCAGAGAAAAAGGCAACCAAGAAAUAAACAUAAAAAGCUGGCUAGUCAAUUAACAACAGACAACAAUUCUAUGUUAAUUCUCACAUUAGAUUAAAAUAGCUGCUUGAUGAAAAUGUAGAUUAGCCUGACAAAACUUUGAUUAUGAAUAUCUAGGAAAAGGAAAAAUCUCCUUUGAAAGAGCAGGAAUGCUUAGAUAAUCAAAGAGAAGAAGAGUCUAUAGGGAACUAUCAUGAACCUAGUGGGAUUGCAGAAUAUGAAAUAAAUGAUAAUAAGUGGAAAUACUAAAGAGACAACAAGAUUAUUGAUUUUCAAUUCGAAAUACAAGAAAAGAUUAAAUUGCUUUAAGAGUAACGAGAGAAGGAAUAAGAAAUAAAAUUCUAAGAAUACAUGGAAAAAUAAUAGCCGAUUGAGGAGAUUUAAAAGAAGAUUCCAGAUAAGUCAUCAUCAAGAGCAAGUUUUUAACAAGAAAACAUAAUGAAUGUAGAAUUAGAAUAACUAGAUAAUCUUGAUUGCAUUCUGGAAAUGCCAAAGGAGACCAAAUAAGUUCAUAAUGAGUAGGAAAGAAUAAAUAUUAAAUAAGAUGAAGGAUACACACCGGUAAAAUAGAUAUUGCAUUUUUAAUAGAAUUCUCCAUUUUAUGAGGAAUAAGAUGACAAUGAUGAAUUGCUAGCAUAACAGUACAGAUAGUGCAUAUAAUUUCUAGAAAAGAAGAAUAAUUUUCAAAUUUAAGAAAACCUAUAGCAAUAAGCAAUUUAAUAAAAAGCAGAGCUACUUUAGCCUGAGAUUGCUGAGGAAUAAAUAUCGAACUUCUCAGAAGAAAAAUAACACUUAUCAAUAAGAGAUAUCAAACAAGAAGAGAAAGAAGCUAAGACUAAAAAGAGAGAAAAACCAACAAAAGAUUUUAAUAGAAAAACUAAACCUAAAAAGAAAAAAUUAGAUGUUAAGCUAAAGGUUAAUAUUUUUGCCACUUAAGCGAUUGUGAAAGUAUAAGUUGAAGAUAUUGAAGACUCAAGAGAUGAAAUUAUAGACUUAGAAGAAUUAAGAUAAAAAGCAUCUGGCUAUAAAUUAAAAAACGAAGUGCUAGAAAUAGAAAAUAAGAACGAGUAUCAGCAACCAUAGAUUGAUAUUAAAAUUGAUAAUGAAGUUUACAGUGAUUUCGAUAUGCUUUCAGAGAGAUCUGAGUUUAGUAAUUUUUAUGCUGUUGAUGCCAAACUUAAUAAACCUCAAUAAAUAUAUUCUUAGCAGCCCACAGCCUACGGUGGAACCUUUGGACUUGAAUUUAUGAAGAAAUAAAGAAUAAAAUUGAGAUCACCUAUAAUGACUCCUUAAGUUAAAUAGAAUACUUUUGCUUUAGAUGGGAAUAUUGAUUUUAUAGAGAUGUAAUAGUAUCUAGAAUCGUACGGAAUCAAAAUUAAAGGACUAUCUAAAACUACAACAAUUAGAAUGUAUCAUGAAAUGAAGUAAUACUUAGCUCAGGGUAAAUUACCCGAAUUUCUUAUUUCUUGA